ACCCUCACCGUUACCCUCACCGUUACCCUCACCCUCACCCCACCCUCACCUUCACGCCAAGACCUCCACCACUCCUCAUCACCUGCGAAUCUGCAGCAGCGUUCGCGAGACUAUAGUGGUGCCGCGCUGACCCACGCGACGACCCACCCUCCUCUUCGUGCGACGCGACGACCACGACGUUUUUGGUCGUUUAUUUUGUCGGCAACUGCUCAUCGGCGGGAGCAUCCACCACCUCAGAUCUCUCUGAUAUGUUGAAGCUCUUGUGGCCUGCAGUUUUGUAAGAGUUGAUGGAAGCUCAAAGAUUGCUUUCAAGACUCUCCACUAAUGGAUCUGUACCAUUUAUCAAGGAAAAAGGAAUGUUGUUUGAUAUAUCGACUCCUUGCUUCCUUCAACCCACCAAAUGGAAUUCUACAUUUGGUUUAGCUCCUUGUAGAAUAAGGAGCAAUAGAAGACAAUACUUAUGUGCAGUCAGCUCCUCCAAAAUUCAAGAUAUUCCUGCUGAUUUGGGACAUCAUAAUUUGAAGCCUAUGCGGAAAAGAUUGGCAGUUUUUGUGUCUGGAGGAGGUUCCAAUUUCAAGGCAAUUCAUGCAGGAACACUUAAUGGAUCAGUACUUGGAGAUGUAGUUGUGUUGGUCACCAACAAAGGAGGCUGUGGAGGUGCAGCUUAUGCAAAAGAACAUGGUAUACCAGUCGUUUUGUUUCCACAAACAAAAGAACCACAUCAAUUUUCACCUGGUGACCUUGUCACUACUCUUAGGGAAUUAGAUGUGGACUUCAUACUUCUUGCUGGAUAUUUAAAGCUUAUACCUGUUGAGUUGGUUCAACAUUUUCCUAAGCGGAUACUAAAUAUACAUCCUUCACUUCUACCAGCUUUUGGGGGCAAAGGAUACUACGGGCUAAAGGUUCAUAAGGCAGUUAUUGCUUCUGGAGCAAGAUACUCUGGUCCUACAAUUCAUUUUGUUGACGAGGAAUAUGACACUGGCCGGAUCCUUGCUCAGCGAACAGUGCCUGUGUGUGCUUUUGACACUCCAGAGGAGCUGGCAGCCAGGGUUCUUCAUGAGGAGCAUCAGUUAUAUGUGGAUGCAGUGGCAGCAUUGUGUGAAGAUCGGUUAAUCUGGAGGGAUGAUGGUGUUCCGCUCAUCCGUAGUAAAGCAGACCCACAACAAUACAAUUAGCUUAGGUUUGGCUUUUAGGAUUUAUACCUCAGGCCAUCUCACAUAUUGUUCUCUCAUAUUAUUUUUUUGCUUUUUUUGGCGGGGGAGGUCAUAGAUCCCUGUUUGGGUUCUAUCAGAUAGAUUGGAACUCAUAUAUCUCUUCCAAUUGUUACCAUCAAAAGCUACAAAAUGGUACUAACAUGCAUGAUAGCAUGAGUACCAAAUGGAUCUUGGAAGGGCUUUGGGCACCAAUUAUUAUUUACUUUUUUCUGGGUGCUGCAAUAGAUCUAUCAGAUAGAGACUAGCACUUCUUGGGGGAGGGUGUUGUUCAGUACAUUGACUGACACAAGAGUAUGGUGCCCUCUGUUAAGAUAACAAGGUUUCAAGGAUUUGAUUAACAGGAAAUUACAUUCACUGAA